CGCUGAGGGGAACGUGGGGGCUCCUGUGUCGCCGCUGCCCGCUGCCUUCACACUGUGGGGCUCCGGUCCCGCCGCUCCCCGCUGCCUUCUGACCGCGCGUUCUCCCCUCAGAGCCUCGGAGAUGUCGCUCCGCGCCGUGCUGAGGGCCGUCGCCUCGCUGCCGCGCUGCAGCGCGGGCCCGCUCCUGCCGCCCCCCCGCGCCCUCCUGCCCCAUGGCCACCCUGAACCAGCUGCACCGGCAGGGCCGCCCCGCGCCCCCUCCGCGCCGCCUGGGGCCCACGCUGGGCCGGCCGCAGCUCAAGGCCGUGGUGCUCAAGAACCUGAUCCGCAAGCCCAAGAAGCCCAACUCGGCCAACCGGCGCUGCGUGCGCGUGCGGAUGGGCGGCGGCCGCGAGGCCGUGGCCUUCGUGCCCGGCGAGGGCCACGGCCUGCAGGAGCACCACAUGGUGCUGCUGCAGGGCGGGCGCACGCAGGACCUGCCCGGCGUCAAGCUCACCGUGGUGCGCGGCAAGUACGACUGCGCCCACGUGCAGCCCAAGAAGUGAGCGCGGGACCCCCGGGGACCCCGGCCCGGCUCCGGGGGGUCCUGGGGUCACCCCCCGGGAGGGGAUGGGAGCGGGCCGGGGGCGUGAAAUCGGGAUUAAAGCGGAUUUGGUGA